UGACACCACGCUCCGUUCAUCUUCUACUCUCCCUGCUUCCGUGCCUCUCAAUCUUGUCAGCCUCUUCACUUCCGGAUCCUGAGAGCUUCCUCCUCUGCCUCUCUUCUACCGCUUCACCCUCCACCGACUGGUCUCAUCUCCUCUACCUCCCCAACAGCCCUUCCUACUUCUCCCUCCUCAAUUCCUCCAUCCAAAACCUCCGGUUCACUUCCCCUGAAACACCAAAACCCCUCCUCAUCAUCGCUCCCACUGAUUCAUCCCAAAUUCAAGCAUUGGUCAUCUGCUGCAGGGAUCACGGCCUGCCGAUCCGAGUUCGGAGCGGCGGGCACGACUACGAAGGCUUGUCGUACCGAUCCGAGAAGAAGAGCAGCUUUGUCUUGGUCGAUCUGGCCGACCUCCGGUCGGUGAGCGUCGACGUAGAACACGCCGUGGCUUGGGUGGAAGCUGGAGCCACCGUCGGCGAACUCUACUAUAGGAUUGCAGAACACAGCGGGACGCUUGGGUUCCCCGCCGGCGUCUGCCCCACGGUCGGCGUCGGCGGCCACCUUAGUGGCGGCGGCUUUGGGCUCUUGUGGCGGAAGUAUGGCCUCGCAGCUGACAACGUUUUGGACGCCAAGGUAAUCGACGUCGAUGGCAGGAUCCUGGACAGGGAAUCCAUGGGCGAGGACCUCUUCUGGGCCAUAAGAGGCGGCGGCGGAGCAAGCUUCGUUGUCAUCGUCUCUUGGAAGGUCAGAUUGGUCCCCGUCCCUGCCACCGUGAGCAUGUUCACCGUUCACAGGACGUCGGAGCAGGGGGCAAUCGAGCUGAUGAACAAAUGGCAGAACAUUGCUCACCUGCUCCAUGACGACCUGCUCCUCCGCGUUAACAUAGCCCAAACCGAGGGGGCAAAGAGGAGGGUGGAGGCGGUGUUCAUGUCCAUGUUUCUUGGAGACUGCGAAGGGCUCCUCCAACACAUGGGGCACAGCUUCCCGGAGCUGGGCGUGGAGAGGGACGACUGCAGAGAGAUGACUUGGAUCGAGUCUGCAGUACAUGCCGCAGGGCACACAAACAGAGAGCCGAUAGAGAUUCUCACGGACAGAGGAUUGCAGCCGAAGAUCUUCAACAAAGGCAAGUCUGACUACGUGACAGAGCCCAUCCCGAUGACGGGGUGGGAAGCCAUCUGGGGUAGGAUCUCCGAGGAGAAAGCUGGUUCGAUGCGGAUCGAUCCCUGUGGUGGGAGGAUGAGUGAGAUAGAAGAGUCACAGACGCCGUAUCCUCACAGGAAGGGCAACCUCUUCAUCAUCCACUACCUUUCUAUAUGGAAAGAUGGUGGUGUUGCAGAAUCCAAGCAGCACUUGGAUUGGAGCAGGAGGAUGUACAGAUUCAUGACUCCAUACGUCUCCAAGCAUCCUCGAGCUGCGUAUGUCAACUUCAGGGAUCUUGACCUGGGAAAGAACGAUGGUAGCAGGAGCUACUCUGAGGCGAAGGUUUGGGGUGAGAAGUACUUCAAGAACAACUUUAGGAGGUUGGCCAUGGUGAAGGGCGUGGUGGAUCCUGGCAACUUUUUCAGCCAUGAACAGAGCAUCCCACCUCUUGUCGUCGAGACUGAGAAGAUGUCACAGUAGAUUGGCUCCGAGAGGAUGCCAUCGAUCAGUAUCUUGUUAUGAUCUCACUGUUUCCUCUACCCACAAAUCAGCAAUAUGAUC